AUGGAAGAACUUACGGCUUUUGUCUCUAAAUCGUUCGACCAAAAAACGAAGGAGACCAGCAAAGAGAGCAUCACAUACAGGGAAGUUUUGGAGAGUGGCUUAGCGCGAGCAAGGGAGCUGAGCAACUCGGAGACGAACCUUCAGGACAUCAAUGAAACCAGUAACCAUUGUCCCGUGCACUUAUACAAAGAACACAUCGAGCUGGAAAAAGAAAAACUAAAGGAAUUCGGUGUUACAAGGGCUUCUGAAGGGUUAUACGAAUGCAAAGAGAAGAAGGAGGAAGUGAAAUCCGAAGACGAAGAUGCACAAGCAAAACUCAAACAGAGACGCAGUCGGACAAAUUUCACUUUGGAACAACUAAACGAGCUGGAAAGACUCUUUGAUGAGACACACUAUCCAGACGCCUUCAUGAGAGAGGAGCUGAGUCAAAGGCUAGGAUUAUCGGAAGCCAGGGUCCAGGUUUGGUUUCAAAACAGAAGAGCAAAGUGCCGGAAACAAGAAAACCAAAUGCAUAAAGGUGUUAUUUUAGGUACUGCAAGCCACUUGGAUGCAUGCAGAGUCGCUCCUUAUGUGAACAUGGGUACUCUUAGAAUGCCUUUUCAGCAGGUACAGGCUCAACUGCAGUUGGAAGGAGUAACCCACUCGCACCCCCACCUCCACCCCCACCUAGCUGCUCACGCUCCCUACUUGAUGUUCCCGCCCCCACCCUUUGGACUACCAAUCGCGUCGCUGGCUGACUCUGCCUCCGCAGCGGCCGCUGUAGCUGCCGCGGCCAAGAGCAACAGCAAGAACUCGAGCAUCGCUGACCUCAGACUCAAGGCAGGACUUCUUGGAGGCCGGUGGCUGAGUCCCUUCCAGUCAGACAUCACUGCCCCAGGACCAUACAAAAAUGUCUGGAUGUCUGUCUAAGAUCACGCCUUUUGUUUCUUUAUUUUAAACACGAGAAGACUUUCUAAAAAAAAAACCCGAACAAAACUAGAGCGUCACUGACGUUGGGCGAUGGACCCAGCGCCGACGGAAACACAGGGUUUUUUUGAGCCUUGUGCGGGAGGUCACGUUCGUCUCUGACCACUGUGCUCCUGCCGGCGUGCAUGCGUUUGGCUGAAGGGAGGACUCUCUGGGCCUGGCCUCCAUCUGCAUCUGAUAUCUGUCUGAACGUGUUAAUCACUGCCAUGAACAAUAGUCAAUAUUCGUCAUGUUCUGCAAAAGACUUUCACUCCAUCUUGAUUUACCGAAGCUGCGGGCAUGCAGGAGGGCGGCGGCACUGAGGGAAAAAAAAGCUUUGUUUUCGGCGUACUUGAUACUUAUUUUCUAUUCUGGAGGGGAUUUUGUGUUGCUGUAUUUCUGCCGGGCUUGUGUCUUGCAGGAUUGAUAACUUUUAUUCUCAUCUCCUGCCAUUUGUUCUCUAAUUGUGCCAUACCAUGGCCAAAAAAAGAAAAGAAAAACAUUGCUUUUGCACUUCAGGUCUUGUAUCAAGUUGUUUACAAUCCAAGCUAAAGCGUAUAUACUACUUUUAAUAUUAGAGGCAACCCACAAGCAGAGAGGGGGUUGACAACACCAAAAGGCAUCAAAAGGACAAAGGGUAAUUGCUUUUAUGUAAUUUAAUAUUUUAAUGAAGUUUCAGUUAAACUGAAAUGCAAUUUUGUGCAGUUAAGUGCAAUACUGUAAAUAUGAAAAAAAUGUCCAAGCAGUCAGUUAAUAAUAAUAAUAAUAAUAAUAAUAAUAAUAAUAAUAAUAAUAAUCCUAAUAAUAAUAAUAAUGAUAAUACUAAUAAUAAUGGUUUUCAGGGCUUCCUAUGGCUCUGAUAUCAAUAUAUUCACUUUCUUUGUCAAACUGACACAUUUGUUUUCGAUAGGAGUUGUAAGUGGCAAUUCAUUUGAAAUCAUAUGCCAAAUGUCCUGGAGUUUGACAAUAUUUAAACACGGUUUCGGACACAUACAGAAACAAUGAUAACUUGUUGGGGUAGACAAGCUUGGUUUUGUCCAGAGCAAUGGCAGAAGGACUAGGAUCUGAGACUCCUGUUCAUCUGACGCAAAAUCCAGAUGAAGGGAAGCACCCCCCAAAUGUGCUUAACAUCUACAUUUGUCUUUAAGGACACAUUCACAGUUGAAUAUGUGUAAUUCUUAAAAGAUUCAUUGGGCACAUACAUAAUUUUACUUGAUUAAUAUAAAAGAAUAUGUAAAAGCAUGUAUCUUUAACAAACAUAAGUACUAAAUUUGAGCAAAUGUUCAUUGUUUUAUGCUUGCACAAUAUAAGCUCCAUAAUUAACUAUUUAAAUAGUUAAAUUAAACUGUGAGAAUAUAUAAAAAUGAUGAUUACUAAAGUACUUUAUUCAACAUGAGGACAAUGCUUACUGAUAUUAAAACGAUGAGAGCACAACAUGAAUAUUUCUUACUACUGUAUCACGAAAACACCACAAAGCCAAAAUAAAGCAUCCUUCUUAUCAUUUUCCACAAUAUGUAUUAUAUUCUCUCUCUCUCUGACACACACACACAUACACACGCACACACAUGCACACAGACGCGCGCACACACACACACACACACACACACACACACACACACACACACACACACACAUAUGCACACACACACAGGAAGAUGUAAGCAAGAGCAACAUUUGGAAAUUCAAUUCAAAUUAUUUUGGGGCUGUCCCUUUUCCAUUUUUCCAAUGCCUUGGAAGUCUAUAAUGAUCCUAGUGGUCUACCUCUAACAAAUAUAUUAUUAUUUGUGAUGUUUUUCAGAGACCAUAUUAGCGGUUGUUUAACAGUGGCUCUAUUAUUAAUUACUGACUCAAUUUAUGACUGCUUUUUAUUUAUUAUUUAGUUUGAAUUUUGAUAAAUGAGCUAUAACUAUGGGUGUUAAAUUUUAUGUGGCUUUGCAUUAAAAAUGUCUUUUUUACUUUACUUUUGCAAUUGUUUGAAUGGAAAAGAGUGACUGUUGUACAUUGCAUUAAGUGUAGUGUGUUUGGGGUUGACAAACAUUUCAGGGAUGGUAAAAAUAUGAAAUACUUUUCGAACACAUUUGAAUUUAUUUUAAGUUCUGUGGAACUUCUACCCAUUAUUGUCAGCGUUACCAUCAUAUCUUAAGUUUUGUGAGUUAUGCAAGCAUGCUUAUACAUCACUUGCCAUACGGUUCUGUUAUAAUGUGGCUCUGUUGAUUCACACAAUAUGAAUGUACAUCUUGUACAAGUAAUCUAUUAAUAAAGUUAAUAAUAUUUGUAAGGCA